UUUAAAAAAUUCUUACAGCCCCCCACUCCCCCGACCCGUCAGUGAGUCCCGGAUGUCAAUCGCGCCGGAAGAGAAGAAGGUCUCUUUCCCGGCCAUCUUGAGGCUUUACUUAGCGAGUUGUUCGCUCCAAGCCCCGUAGAAUCGGAGGAAAAUCCUGCUGAAGGGGCGCCAUCAUGCCCGGACAUCUGCAAGAAGGCUUCGGCUGCGUCGUAACCAAUCGGUUCGACCAGCUAUUAGAUGACGAGUCCGAUCCUUUUGAGGUGUUAAAGGCUGCAGAGAACAAGAAGAAGGACGCGGCCGCUGCUGGUACCACCAAGACUGCAGCUCAAGCCGCCAAGCAGCCGAAAAAGGAGUCGCAAAAAGACCGAAAGAAUCCCCUUCUUGACAAGAAGGAGGAACCUCAGCCCCCGGUGUCUCUAAAAAAAGAGGGUAUCAGGAGGGUGGGUAGGAGGCCAGAGCAGCAGUCUGCCCACCCCGGUCCUCAGGGCUCCCAGCCGCAGGGGGCCCCGGUGGAGGGUCGCCCAACGGACCGGAGGCCGGACAGACGGCCUCCUCGCGAACGCCGCUUCGAGAAGCCUGCAGAGGAAAAGCCAGAGGGUGGCGAAUUUUCCACUGAGAAGUUUGCCGGGGACAGGCCUGUUCGGGGGCGUGGAGGUGGACGUGGCGGACGUGGGGGUCGUGGCCGCGGCAUGGGCAGGAGCGACGGCUUUGAUUCCCGUGGAAAACGUGAAUUUGACCGACACAGCGGAAGCGACAAAUCCAGCCUGAAAGCCGAGGAGAAGCGUGGCGGGAGUGGAUCGCAUAACUGGGGCACUGUUAAGGAUGAGCUGAGCGAGCUGGAUCAGUCCAACGCUACUGAGGAAACCCCCGAAGGGGAGGAGCACCCCCCCGCGGACUCGGAGAACAAGGAGAACGAGGCUGAGGAGGUGAAGGAGGAGGGCCCGAAGGAGAUGACCCUGGAUGAAUGGAAGGCCAUGCAGAUCAAGGAGCGGGCUAAGGUCGAGUUCAACAUCCGCAAGCCUAACGAGGGCGCUGACAGCCAGUGGAAGAAGGGCUACGUGCUGCACAAGUCUAAGAGCGAAGACGCCAAUGCCGAAGAGGCCUGCGGGGAGCACCACUUUCGGAAACCGGCCAACGAUAUCACGUCCCAGCUGGAGAUCAACUUCGGAGACCUGGGUCGUCCUGGACGUGGCCGUGGGGGACCCCGUGGUGGAAGGGGGGGACGUGGUGGCAGCAGGCCGGUGCGUGGUGUCCGACCUGACAAGCCUAGUGGAGCUUCUGUGCCCAACGUCGAUGACCCAGAGGCAUUCCCUGCCCUGGCCUGAACAUGGUCUCCAUUUGGCCGAACCUCACGUCCUUCCAGGCCUCCUCCUCUACGAGGCUUGCAUGCUUGUGGAACCUUCAACUAUAAUAAAAAGACUGUCAUCCAUACCAUUCACACUUGGACUGAAAUUUUAAUGGUUUUAAAAGACAAACAAAAAAUGGAAAAAGGACUCCUGUUGCCUCACAGAAGCAAACUAUCAGUAGAGGUUUUGUAUUUAGAAACAAGGUAGCAGGGAUGUUUUCAUACAGUAUUUUUUUUUCAGAUAUUAUGCAUUCUUCAUUAUCUUUUUGUAUUGCUGCAUUUCCAAAUAUAGGUGUGAAGACUGAGUUGACGGUGUUCCAUGGCUUGCUGUCUUGUCAAGCUCCCUACUGUUCGUUUUUAAGUUUCCUCUCGAAGAAAUAUCAAGGAUUAAGUUCUAGGUCCACUGGCUGAAAAAGCAUAGAGAGAAGUUAAGGCAGCAUUCGAAAUGGAGUUUUCAUGCUUUGGUUUUCAUAUUUUUAGAUGAUUACCAGACACAAUGUACUCCAGUUGUGAAGAUAUUUUUGAACUUCUAUUUAUGCUCUGUAUGCCUCUGAAUUUCACUUGCCCCCCCCCCCCCCUCCCAGUGGACCAUUAGUAUUUGAGUGUGCAUGUUUAAGUUUGUGUGUGGAGGCUCCACCAGCCCCAGUCGUGAGUGUGAAGCCUGCAGUUCCUCUUGGUCCUUUGUGUAAUUUAAAUUUUUAAAAAGAGACAUAUGGCAGCAGUAACUGCACAUUAGAAGUGACGGCUUCAUAUUUGCAGCCAUCCUCCUGUCCCCUCUGCUAACCUCGAUACCAUGUCUGCAUUCUUUGAGAUUGGGAAAACUGCAGGUUAUUUCUUGGAACCAAUGUGACAUUGUGGCUCUUGGUUUUAUCACUCCAUGUGGUUUUGUGUGUGUUUUUUUAUUAUUUUUUUUUAAACGAGACGGCAGCACUACUACUACUGCAUAAUUUACUGAAAAAAUGCUGUUCAGUGUGGAGCAAUGGAGUGCUACGAAAUGUAUGGAUGCUAACCCUGCUAUUUGACCUCUGUGUAUUUAAGAAUUGUCACAAUCAGAUUGUCGUGGGGAAAUGUUACGGGGGCGGGGUGGGGGGGGGGGGGGAGUGGCUCCUUUGUCUGAACACUACCAUAAGCUGAUCCAAGCUUUGUAUUUUUGUGUUGGGCAGACUUGUGGGCGAUGUAUGGACACGGGGGGGUUAUUUUCUGUAGAACUGUCGGGUCCAGCUGCGUUGGGCAUCUUGACUUUAAAAAAACCCCCUUUCUGUGAAAAACACAAAACACCCCUGUUCUAAUAAAUUGCUUAGAAGUGUUCAAGGUAAGCUGCUUAACGCAGUGUUGUGUGUAAUGAUUACUGUUUAUGUUUUUGUGUUUAAGCUCAACCUGGGCAAGUCCAUGAACUUGGAUAGUUAUGCUGUCUCGUGGUAAUCUUCAACGUCUUUGUGACCACAGAAAUCUGUCUGCAUUUAUGUUAUACAGGCUAGUUGUGAAAUGUCGAAAUCCCAGGCUGGUAUGUGCGUCUAUAUAUGGGUUUUUGAAUGACCUACACGGUCAGUUUUUGCUAAUUGUGGGGCGGUGUGCUUGUGAUUGGACGGUCACUAGUACAAAUCUCCGAGUUGGCAGAGUGAUUCUGCCAUUUGUCUCCUGAGUGAGGAGCUUAACCUCCCACCGGUUACUCCAGGGAACGUCUGACCAUACUUUCUCUCAAAAAUGUGUCUUUGGAUAGUGGCAUUUGCGAAGUAAAUAUGAGUGCUAAUUUUUCUGCCAACGUAGCCCCUCUUGUCUGAGGGUGCCUUUUUUGAUUAAGUGGGGUCGCCUGGUUGAUUUAGGCUUUUAGCAUGAUGGGUCAGUCUUUGAAGUUGUUAGUAUUUUUUUUAUGGUCUUUAGGUCUUAUUUUAAGGACUGCUUCACAUGCUAUUGGUUUAAAAUGUUUAAGAUGAUGCUUCAAUUCUGGGAGUAUUUUUAUUUAUUUUUUAAUUCCUUGCAUUGAUGUGACAUUGCUCUUUCACGAGCUUAGGGCUUUUCUCUUAAGCUAAUGAAAACUAUUAUGCUGACAUUUUCUUCUGGAUGUGUCGCUGAAGUUGAGCUAUGAUGUAGUCUUGCAUUAUAUCUUUCACAAUAUCAACCCUCACAAAUACAUUACCUCUGAAAUUGAUUUUUGUAAAUUACUGUUUUUUUUUUUUAAUAUGUUAAUAUAAAUGUGAAGUGGUCUAAAAUUGAGUUUUAUUUUAACUAGCUGUUGAGUUUAAGCUUACAAAGUAACAAUAAGGAAUGCAAUUAGGGGUUUGUCGGAGACAUGCUUGGGUUUAACCAGUACAAGCAAAGAUCGUAAACAGUAUUUUGGUAAUACUAGUUUACUCAGUAUGCCUGAGAUGCAACCCUCUUCUUGUUUAGAAUUAGGGCCUUGUCGCUAGUACCCUGGUCUAGGGCCUUAAUUGCUCCAAAACCCAGUCUCACCCAAGUCCCUUUAUUGCUGUUCCCUCAGUGUAGACAGCUGUGAUUGUUGGAUUGUGUUGUACAGUUUAUGGAAAAUAUUUGCACAUUUCCAAAAUCGCACACUUGAUUUUAGUCAUAUUUUACAACGUCAAAUUUGAAUGUAAAAGUUGUAUAAAACAAUGUCUUGAAUGUUUUUUUGUUUUUGUUUUUUAUUUUUUUUGUGACUUAAGGAAUUUUUGCCGUAAAAGGUUUUGACCCCUGUCAUUAUUACAGGUUCUUUUUGGUAAGUUGUUUAUUCUUAAAUUUGCCCCUAUUUCUACUGAAAGAUAAAUGAAUCUUGCGUGUAUAAAAUCCCUUAUGCCACUAGUGUCACUCCAUUCUAGUGUUGCAGUGACUUUAGUAUGAAUAAAUGACCAAUGGUG